UCGAGUCUUCGGUUAGUUUUUCUCAAUUCCACACCGACUUUUUUUCAUAGCAGGACCUUGUUUCAAUUUUUGUAACUCCGCUCUCAACAUGGCAGGAGAAAACACAAAGCAGUUAGAGGAAGCAGUUACAAGUGAUUCCACUUAUGACAGAAAAGCCGAAGGGAAAGCAUUCGAAGAUUCCAAAGUCGGCGUUAGAGGCCUUAUAGAAUCCGGUGUGACCAAAAUCCCACGCAUGUUCCACUCCGGCAAGUUGGACGCCAACGAAACUCAAGCAACUGCCUAUGAUUCCAAUGUUCCCAUCGUCGACAUCAGAGACAUAAAGAGCAGCACAACUUUCCGCGCCAAAGUAAUUGAAAAUAUUCGCAGGGCAUGCCAUGAGUGGGGAAUUUUUCAGGUGAUUAAUCAUGAAAUUCCAGUCAGCAUCUUGGACGGUAUGAUCGAUGGGAUUAGGCUGUUCCAUGAACAAGAUGCUAAGGUAAGGAAAGAGUUUUAUUGCAGGGAUCUUGUAAAGAAGAAAGUUUUGUAUCAUUCCAGUGUUAGAGCUAAUACUAACCAGGCUGCUAAUUGGAGAGAUACUCUUACUAUGUUGGUUGCUCCUCAUCCACCCAAACCAGAAGAAAUACCAGAAAUAUGCAGAGAUAUUGUGAUUGAAUUCUCAAGGAAGAUAAUGGAAUUGGGUUUCACCAUCUUUGAGUUAUUAUCAGAGGCCCUUGGCCUUAAUCCUUCUUACCUGAAGGAGUUAGAUUGUGCCGAAGGACUCUACAUUUUGGGUCACUACUAUCCACCAUGCCCUGAACCUGAAUUAACAAUGGGAGCCACCAAGCACACUGAUAGCACCUUCAUGACAUUAAUUCUGCAAGACCAACAUGGUGGGCUUCAAUUUCUUCACCAGAAUCAAUGGGUCAAUGUUCUUCCUGUGCAUGGAGCUAUAAUAGUAAACAUAGGAGAUCUUCUACAGAUACAUUGACAAGAGAAUGGAGUUCGUCUACAACGCAUUAGAUCAAGAAAUUCAAAAAUACGAACAAGAACUCGAAAAAUGCAAGCAUUGUCAGUAAAUAAGGAUACAAAUCCAAUCCCUCAAGAAGGCCAUCGAAGCAAUGAAAUCAACACAACAACCAAAACCAUCAGAGUUCAGCCAGCUAAGCGUGGUGGACAAAUCAGGUGAAGAAAAAAUUCCAGAAAAUAAAACAAUUGCUGAAAUUAUCAAAAAAUCCACCCAAGAUAAAAAAUAUUAUGUAAUUUAUAAUGGCCCCAUGAAAGGAGUAUAUGAAGCCUGGGAAAAAGCAGCACCAUUUACACAUCAAUCAAGGAUAAUUCAUAAAGGAGGGUUUUUAACACUGGAAGAAGCAAAAGAAUCCUUCAGGGAAUAUGAAGCUCUUCAUCCAGAGCAAACCCUAAAAAGAGCAGAUAAAACUCCAAUUCAAACCCAGAGAACAGGGAUAAUAAGAAACAUUCCUACAAGGGCUGAAAUCAAGGAAAAGAAAAGGGUCUGUAGAUCAAAUCUCAGAGAAACCCUUAACAUAGUCCUAAAUUGGACUGAAGAAAAAAGGGCAAUCUUGGGAUAUUAUCCUAUUGCCAAAGAACAGUUAACAAAGCUGGUUAUAUUUCCAGAUGCUUCCCCAUCUGACACCUAUCAGUUUUUCCAGUAUGG